AACUAUUGAAGAAGAGUCUUGUUCUGUAGCCUAGUCUUCCUGCCUCAGCCUCCUGUGUGGUGAGAUUAUAGGAAUGUGUCCCAAUGCCUGGGUAAAAUUUUUUCUUUUUCUGUUUACUUAUUUAUGAAUUUAUGAGCCAAGAUUUCACUAUGUAGUACUGGCUGACCUGGAACUCAGAACUCUGCCUGCCCUUGCUUCCAGAGUCCUGAGAUGAAAGGUAUGUGCCACCACACCCAGCCAAAAAUUCACCAUUUCAAAGUAUAUGAUUAAGUAGUUUUUGGUAAGCCACAUCCCUAGACAUAAGUAGCAGAGUUCCAAAUAAUCCCUGAGUUAGAAAGAAGCAUAACAGCCAGGUGGUGGCACACUCCUUUAAUUCCAGCACUUGGGAAGUAGAGGUAGGCAGAUCUCGGAGUUCAAGGCCAACCUGAUCUACAGAAUGAGUUCCAGGACAGCCAGCGCUACACAGCCAACCCUGUCUCAAGAAAACCAAAAAUAUAAAAAAGAAAAAGAAAACACCACAACAGAAAUUGGAAAAUAUUUUAAACUAAAUGAUAAUGGAGUUGAGUAUGGUAGUACAUGGUUAUAAUCGUAGCACUCAGGAGGCAGAGGCAGAAGGAUUUCCAUUUCAAGGCCAUCCUGGGAUAAGAGAUCAUGCCUCAAAAAAUUUAAUUAAUUAAUUAAUUUAGUUAGUUAAUUAAAUAAAUAAGGAAAUAUAGAUAGAACUUAUCAAAUUUGUGAUAUAUAACUAGAGGGAAAGCCUUAUGCACUUAAUUUUAGACUUUUUAUAUUUAUUAAUUUAUAUGCACACACACCACACCACAAUACCUUGGAGAGUCAGUUUUUCCCUUCCACCAUGUAGGUCCUUGAUCUCAAACGUUUGUCAUCAGACUUGGUGUUGAAUGCAUUAUGUGAUAAGCUGUCUUGCUGGCCCAAAUACAUACAUCUGAAAAGAAGGAAGGACAUGCACUGGAGAGAAUGCAGGAAGAUGGUAAACUGGAGGCCAUCCUGGCCACAUAAAUACCCUAACAGACAAAGUGAAUAAAUCACCAUGGGGUUACCAGGACAAAAGAUAGGAAAACAGGAAAUGUAUAAGAGGCAGGACACAUGACUCUAUAUGGCUAGCCCUGAGUUUGUUUGCAUUUGCAGCUCACUCUCCUGCUAAUCCUUCCCUAGCUGGGAGACUUGUUGCAGAGCCUUUCCUUCUGUCUGUCUUCACUUAAGAUAGGAAUACAACUUGUCCCUUAAGUUUGUUUCUUUGGGUUUUGGUUUGAUUUUUGGUUUUUCUAGACAGGGUCUCAGUGUAGCCUUGGCUACACUGAGAACUUGGCUGUCCUGGAACUCACUCUGUGCACCAGGCUGGCCUGGAACUCAGAGAUUCACCUGCCUCUUCCUCCCAAGUGCUGGGCCUAAAGGCAUGUGCCACCACCCAGCUCUCUCUUGAGUUAGUGUGUGUGUGUGUGUGUGUGUGUGUACAGAUGCACUCACCUGUAUUAGCCCACAUGUAUUUAUACAGUGUUCUGCCUGCAUGUAAGGCUAUAUUCCAGAAGAAGGCACCAGAUCUCAUUACAUGGCUGUGAGCCACCAUGUCGUUGCUGGGAAUUGAACUCAGGACCUUUGGAAGAACAGCCAGUGCUCUUAACCUCUGAGCCAUUCCUCCAGCCCCUUCUUUCUUUCUUAAAUUCCAUGUCAGUGUUAUGGGUUCUUACACAAAAAGCACUUUUAACAAGUCAAUUUCCGCAUAUCAAAACUUUAUAUCUGACCUCGGGGUUGUUUUGAAACCUGAAGUAAUUCUCAGCCAUAGGAGGCUUGCUGAUUUGCCAGGCAUGUCUCCAGCCUACAUUAUGCAAAAGCUCUGAGAACCCUUCGAUAGAACAACCCCAUAAAACUUAAGAUAACAAUCACUGACAAAAGGCUACUUCAAAGCCUAGAUGCCAUCACGCCAGAUUCAUGCCAGAUACAAUGGUUCUGCUAAAAUUCUGCUUCAGUUCUGUUUUUAUGUGUAUUGUGUGUUUUGCCUAUAUGUGUCUGUGUGCCACAUGCAUGUUUGGUGCUUGUGGAAAUCAUUAGAGGGUAUCAAAUGAUCUGACAAUGGAAUUACAGUUGUGAGCCACUGUGUGGGUACUGGGAGUGGAACCCAAGUCCUCUGGAAGAGAAUUCAGUGUUCUUUACUGCUGAGCCAUCUUGCCAGUCCCUAAGCAGAUUUUUUUAUUUUUUUCAUGUGGUGCUCAAGCAGGAGUCAGUUCUCUCCUUCCACCAAUGUGGUUUCCUGCACCUUUGCCUGUAGAGCCAUCUCUCUGGCACUUUAAAAAACAAAAAACAAAUAAACAAACAAACAAAACUUUACUGAUUUUGUUCUUUGAUCAUUUCAUACAUGUAUGCCAUGCAUUCUGAUUACUGUAAACCACUCCCCCAGUCUUCCUCCCACCUCUGUUAUCCCUGUUCCUCCUUACAGAUCUUCCUGUAUUCACGACUAUUUUGUUUUUGAGGCCCACUGAAUUUAACCAGGAUCAUCUGUGACCAUGGGUUUGAAACUCUGUUGGAACCUAGUGGGCUUCUCCUUUUUGUAUAUUUUGAAUGCAUGUAACCACUGAGCAUUGUCCUUAGCUGCCAUAGUCAUUACUCUUAUGUUUUUAUAUGUAACAAUGAGUGGCUUGGUAGCAAGCUCCUCUACCAAACCCAUCUCAGUGGUCCAAAAUCUAAAAAGAAGCAAAGGUAGGCUGGAGAGAUGGCUCAGAAGUAAAGAGCCCUGGCUGCUCUUCCAAAGGUCCUGAAUUCAAUUCCCAGCAACAACAUGGUUGAGAUAAGAUCUAGUGCCCUCUUUUGUAGUGCAGGUGGACAUGCAGGUAGAACACUGUAUACAUAAUAAAUAAAUAAAUCUUUAAAAAAAAAAGGCAAAAGCAUGGUAGCACAUGCAUUAAGGAAGAUAAAGCAGGAGGAUGGUGAGUUGGAAGCCAUUCUGGCUACCUGAAGUCCACACCUCCCCUCCCUUUUUUCAGGUGGUGAUGAUGCUCUAACAUUUCUGCAAACCCAAUUCUGAGUCCCUAGCUAUCCAGUAUCUCACUGAGUUCUUCUGUCCUAUGGCCAUCCCCAAGUGCCCUCUGAGCCCAGGACUCUGGGAACAGGACAGCUUCCUUCAGGUGAAGGUGAAAGAGGAAGAAGAAGCUAGCAUCUACCAGAGCAGGGACGCCAGCCCUAGCUCUACUGCUCACCCUGAGACUGCACGCCAGUGCUUCUGGCACUUCUGCUACAAGAAGGCGCUGGCACAACUUCAAGAGCUAUGUUGCCAGUGGCUGAGGCCAGAGUCGUCCUCCAAAGAACAGAUACUUGUGCUGGAGCAGUUCCUGGGUGCACUGCCUCCUGAAAUCCAGGCCUGGGUGGGGGCUCAGUGCCCAAAGAGUGGAAAGGAGGCUGCUGUUCUGGUGGAGGAUCUGACUCAAAUGCUGGAGGACAGAAGAGGAUGCGAGCCAGGAGCAGAACAUGAAGAGGCAAGUUACAAACAGAGCAGUUCAGACAAGUCACAGCCACCAGACAUGGCCACUGAAACCCUCAUGUGAGAUGUUUCCCCAAAAUCUACCUUUGCCCACACUUGUAAACCUGAGAGCAACUCAGAAAGCCAGCCAGAGCUCCUACGAACAAUGUGGGUGAAAUCUGCCACCCAAGAGAUGGAUUUCAGAAAAGCCCUGGGGUCUCACAUGGAUGGCCCCAAAGACCAGGUUGACCAUGAGUCUGAUGCCUCAGGAAACAGUUCCAACAUAUGGCCCAACAUCCCUUCCCAAAACAAAACUUCUUCAGAGGAGAAAUUUGGCCCAUUGUUUGAUAAUGGGACAGUACCUCCAGAUACAUACUCAGAGAAGAAGCCCUCUAAGGACAGUGAAAAUUGUAUAAGAACAUUCCAGAACACUUCAGCCCUAGAGGCAUACCAAAAGAGCCACUCUCAGAAGAUGCCUUAUGCCUGUAUAGAGUGUUGAAAAGCAUUCAGCCGGAGCACUCACCUUGCCCAACACCAGGUUGUACACACAGGAGCAAAGCCCUAUGCAUGUAAAGAAUGUGGGAAAGCCUUCAGAUGAGUCUCCCACCUGACACAGAACCAGAGGAUUCAUACUGGGGAGAAGCCCUAUAAGUGUAAAGAAUGUGGCAAAACCUUUAGCCGCAGCACCCACCUCACCCUACAUCAGCGGCUACACACAGGGGAGCGGCCCUAUGAGUGUGAUAUGUGUGGCAAAGCCUUCAGCCGGAGCACCCACUUAACACAGCACCAGCGCAUCCACACUGGGGAGAAGCCCUACAGGUGUGAUGUGUGUGGAAGAGCCUUCAGUGACUAUUCAGCUCUGGUCCGACAUCUGAGAGUCCACUCUGGAGAAAAGCCUUAUCAGUGUAAGAAUUGCCCAAAGGCCUUCAUACAAAGCUCAUCCCUCAUUGAGCACCAGCGUAUAUAUACAGGAGAGAAGCCUUACAAAUGCAGUGACUGUGGCAAAGCUUUUAGCCGCAGCUCAGCUCCCAUGGUGCACCUAAAGAUCCAUAUCACUGUGCUUCAGUGACUCAAAGCACCCCUUAGAGCACAGCAGUCUCCCUCAGAGGCUUGACAUCUAAGAAACCCUGAAUUCUACAGGAGCCAGGAACACCACGAGUUGAUAACUUACACAGUGUCUAAGGGUAGACUGGGGCCA